AGGUUGGACGCGCAUCCGGUCUCGGCGUGGGAAGGCAGGAGAAGGCAAUGCUGGCGGCGAGAAGGGCGGCCGGGGGCCUCUUCUUCCUCUUCCGGGAGAGAGGCAGCCGGCUGUUGCGCCCGGCCCAGUUGUCCCCAGUGCCCCAGCGAUGGUCCUCCAGCCUCCCCAUGAACACUGUGAUCCUCUUCGUGCCACAACAGGAAGCCUGGGUGGUGGAGCGGAUGGGGCGCUUCCACCGCAUCCUGGAACCCGGACUGAACUUCCUCAUCCCGCUCCUGGAUCGCAUUCGCUAUGUGCAAAGCCUCAAAGAAAUUGUCAUCAAUGUGCCUGAGCAGUCAGCUGUGACCCACGAUAACGUGACUCUCCAGAUCGAUGGCGUCCUCUACUUGCGCAUCAUGGACCCCUACAAGGCUAGCUAUGGAGUGGAGGACCCAGAGUACGCCGUGACCCAGCUGGCCCAGACCACCAUGCGAUCAGAGCUGGGAAAACUCUCCCUUGACAAAGUCUUCCGGGAGCGUGAAAGCCUGAAUGCCAGCAUCGUGGAUGCCAUCAACCAGGCCUCAGAUUACUGGGGCAUCCGGUGCCUGCGCUACGAGAUCAAGGACAUCCAUGUUCCGCCCCGUGUGAAGGAGUCCAUGCAGAUGCAGGUGGAGGCCGAGCGGCGCAAGCGGGCCACUGUCCUGGAGUCGGAAGGCACGCGAGAGUCUGCCAUCAAUGUGGCGGAAGGACAAAAGCAGGCUCAGAUCCUGGCCUCUGAAGCAGAAAAGGCAGAGCAAAUCAACCAGGCUGCAGGUGAGGCUAGUGCUAUUCUAGCGAAGGCAAAGGCCAAAGCGGAGGCGAUUCGGCUCCUGGCAGCUGCUCUGACGCAGCAGAACGGCAACUCGGCAGCUUCUCUCUCUGUGGCCGAGCAGUACGUGAGUGCCUUCUCUAAGCUGGCGAAGGAGUCCAACACCGUCCUCCUGCCCUCCAGCACGGGAGACGUCAGCAGCAUGGUGGCCCAGGCCAUGGGCAUCUACAAAUCCCUGAGCAAAGCCCCACCGCCAAAGGCCCCAGAAGCCGCCAGUGCCCCUUCCCUCCAGGCCAAACAGCAGCCCUUCAGCAUCGAACCCUCCGAGACGGACCAGCCGGCCGGCAGCUAACGGAGAGGCCAGCGGGCAACGAUGGGGCCACUCCGUUGAGCCCCUCUUGCCUGCCUGCCUGCCAUAGGCUGAUUGGCUCUCCGUGGACUCUUGUAUCCCUCACUCCCUCCACACACAGAGACACACACUUUGGUUUGUUUUCUAAUUUGGAUUUAAUCAUGUAAUAAAGAGACGUGAGCUGG